GGUUUAACUUUAAUGAAUAAUAAACCUAUUUAUGAUUACAUCUGAACUCAGAGAACAGUUUACAGCAAUCAAAGUCCGAAUUAACUGAUCUUUUGCCUAUUCAAGUACACAAACCGGUUACUUUAAAGUGAACCAAAUAAUCGGAACCUAACCAGAAUUUGUAAAUAACAUAAUUGCAUAGAGAAAGAGAAAGCUUAUUAUUAAAAGCUAAAUGUCCUGAGGCAGAUAAAUAAUCGUAAGGUAAUCAACAAUGUAAUUAUAACAGCCACAAGCUGAAUCCAACAACGUUUUACCGGAGAUUACCGGUAUUAAAUUAAUAAACAGAUAUAAGUUCAAGAUGAAGCCAGAUCUUAUCAAGAGAAAUGGCCUCUAAAACUCAACUGGCUAUAAAUAAAUUAACGGUGUUUCUAUAAAUAACUGAAAUUUCAGAGGAUUAACCAAUAUUUGUCUUUAAAUAGUAGAUAAGUAUAACUUGAUUACUUCACAAAUCUCUCAUUCAAUCGUCCAAUCUUCAGGGAUCCAUUAUAUUUGAUGGUUAUUAUUAUGGUUCAAUCAGCUUAUCCAGUGUAACUCCCCUCUGUACGACUCUCCUCCCUUUGAUCGUGAUACGAAACCAAAUCUUGUUUAUAACCUGCAGCAAAUCAAAGUUACAUGGGUUUAUGAUGAAAAAAUUACUUGUCAAAUAUUACGUGAAAUAACCUUGUCAGCUUAAUCAUCCAAGACACUAUUAUAAUUUUAGUAGACUGGAAAGUCCUUCAAAAAUCUAUGAAAACUCUUGGACUGUUUCAUUAUUUUCCCAAGUUUAACUUGAGUCACAGUUUUCAAGAGCUAAUUCAACCACUUGUGAAGCUUUAAAUGCUCCGACAAAACUUGAAGUAAAUUAAUUUUCUAAUAUCAUUGACAAUUGUGUUCGUCAAGUGAAAAGGUGAAAAAUUUUCCAUCUAAAAGUACAAUAGCUACAGUGUGUCAACGUGAAUAAGACAAAAUGAAAGACCACAAUUCAGAGUCAAGUCAAUUGGAAGCCUUUCGAUCCACUUUGUCAACUAAUAGUCGAUUAAAUGAUUUGCAUCUUGAUGAUACGUUAUUGAUCAAAUUUUUACGUUGCCGCAACUAUGAUGUGACCCAGGCAAUGACCGCCUUAACUGCGUAUGUUGAUAUAAUUAACAAACGAUCAGACUUGUUUUCCUGGACAGAUGAGAUCAAAAAAGUGAUCGAAGCAGGUAUUUUCCUUCACUACCCGGAAAGGACACCUGAUGGUUGUGUGGUGAAUCUGGUAACACCGGGUAAAUGGAAUCCAAGUGAUUUUUCAUACACAACUUACAUCAAACUGGCUAUCCUGUGGUCAGAAGUACUUUUACUCGAUGAAGAUGUUCAAAAAAAUGGUUUCAUCGUUGUCAUUGAUAUGAGCGGUAUCAAGCUAACACACAUUUAUCAUACAGGUGUUUCCAAUGCCAAACUGUUUUCCGAUUUGACUGAGCGCAUCUUACCACGAAAGUUGGCCUCGAUCCAUUUCGUCAACGCAAGUAGAUUCCAAGAUGCAGGACUCGCAUUAUUUAAACCAUUUAUGACAGCCUCAACGAAACAGGUGAUGCACUUCCAUAGUAAAGACUGUUCCACAUUGCACAAAUUUGUUCCUCCAAAUCUACUUCCAGCUUCUCUUGGUGGAUACGCCAAAGAGGUUCCAGCUUCAACAUACAUUCAUCUGUUGGAGAAAAACAAAGAAAAAGUAUUUAAAAUUUGGGAUCAAUUAAGAAAUUAAUUAAUUGGUGAAACUGAAAACAUUGAACAAGGAAAAAAGAUGUUUACUAUUCAAUAUUGCUGGUAUCGAGAUCCCCUUUUGUGUUUCCCUCCAAAAAAGGAGCAACAACCAAAGAGUAGACUUUGCUCUCACUCUUUGGUAACAACAAACAUGUGACGUCACAAUUUCUGGUUUUAGGUUAAUCAUUUGAUAAAACCGUUGAAUUUUACAGAUUUUGACUUGUAUAAUUUUAUUUAUAUUAAUAUUUUAAAUUAUAUCACGAAACUCAAUCAGUUUUAUUAUAAUUGUUAUUUUUUUACAAAGAAGUUACUCUGUACUGUAAAGUAUGCUUACAACAUGGAAGAGCAAAACUGGUUUAUUAAAUCAUCAGAACGACUUACAUCGA